AUGAAACGUCGGAACAGUUUGUUUCUUCCAUCAAGAAGUGAUUUCGGGGAUACCGAAGGUGUCGAGAUCGCUACCGAGAUGGCGCCGACUGAACCGCUCCAAUUAUCACGAGAGCUGAUUACCGAGCAUAUUAUCAUGUCUGAGUAUGCGAUGAUUUGCCGAGAUCCAAUAGAUGGUUUAUAUGCAGUACCGAGUGCUCGAAACAAGUUCGAAUGGUUCGGUUUGUUGUUUAUUCGACGGGGUGUCUAUGCUGGUGCUGUUAUUCGCUUCACUUUGCAUCUUCCCAUGGAUUUUCCAUCGGCGGAGUUACCGACAGUAGUUUUCGAUUUGGACGUGUUUCAUCCACAUGUUAAUCCAGCUACGCGAGAACUAGAUUUGAAAAAGUAUUUUGUUGACGGUUGGAAAUCUGAGCAACAUCAUCUCUACCACAUUUUGCUUAUUGUACAGAGGACAUUUUUCACAUUUGAUUCAAAUCCAGCGACAUGCGUUAACACCGAAGCAGCAACAUUACUUCGUGAUAACAGAGAAUUAUAUAGAAUACGUGCCAGCGAACUUAUUAAGAAAAGUCGGUCUGUUAUAUAUGAACCAGUUGACGUGGACGAUGCAAAUGCCAUUAGGCUUAUGCCAUGGGAUGCAUCCAUUCAUGAGCCAUUACGACAAAGGCUUAUAGGUGGACUAACUGACAGUCAAAUAAGUACGAUGUCAUUGCUAGGUUCGCUUGGUUGUGGCCUUAAUAAGUCUUCGGUAUUUGAGUCACGAGCUAAACACGGGUUUUCUUGGAUUUCUCCAACCGAUUUAUGCUACAUGGUGGAACCACCGAGACCGACUGAACUUGAUUUGAUGAUAAUAUCAGAAGCGGAAAAUUGUACAAAGAAUACGGAACCAUUCCACGUUUCUUGUCCAGAUGAAUCAAAAGAUCAGAGCGUGACAAAUGGAAGCAUCAUUCCCUGUAUUUCCAAAUUGAAUUUAAAUGAUGAAAGCGACUUCAAGCAAAAAGAUGUGAAAGUGUCGCAAAAAGAAUCCAAAGGAAAUAACUUAGAUCUACUGAAAUGUGAUAAUCUUUUCAGUGCUUUAUUUAUCCUUAAUUUUGAACGACAGGGUACACUGCAAGAAGAGGAUAGUAUUAAAAAUCUUAUUGCCAAGAACAACGAGAAGAUUAGCAGCCAAAUGGAGGAAACGCCUGAUGAGUGGCAAAAUAAAGAACAGGAAACAAAUGUGAAGCCAUUUUAUGAACUGGAAAAAUGUGCUUACAGAAGAAAUGAGUACAUAAAGGCUCAGCGAGCUAGUGACAUAUCAGAUGGAAAUGUUGUCCGAACUCGAUCAAGUUGGGAUAGUGAUGAAGUUGGAGAAAGUGAUAUAUGA